AUGAACCACGAACUGAUGUUCUUUGUAACAAGGAACGCUAGUUGGUCAUGCCAUUUCGAUGACGACAACUAUGUCAACAUUGGAAUGCUUAGACGUCUUCUGGCGUCGAUGAAUUCUACAUUACCAUUGUACCUCGGAAAAUCGUCCACACAUCGACCGCUCAAAGUUUCAUUAUUGGAUGGGAGAAAGAUUCCCAUAUGGUUUGCCACUGGUGGAGCCGGUAUCUGCCUUUCACAAGGAAUUCUUGGUCAUUUGAGGAAAUACGUUGUGGAGCACAGAUUUGAAGCUCUCUGCGACAAGUACAUGCUACCUGAUGAUGUCACGCUUGGGCUAAUUAUCACACACCUUCUGAAAGUGCCUCUCACAAUCAUCCAUGAGUUUCAUUCUCAUCUCGAACCACUUCACCGAAUGCAGCCGUCAGAUAUUCCUUCUCAGAUCUCAUUCGGUGGAAGCGAACAACCGUUUGGACUUCAUGGAAUCAAUUUCGGGCAGCUGACACCUUCAGUACGCAAUGAUCGAUUGCGAUUUCGUGCCCUACACGCAUUCCUUAAAUCUAUUAGGUAG